AUGGCCAGCACAAAUGGCGAGGCCCGCCCUCGCAAGAGUCUCAUCAUCAACGCCUUCGUUAUGAUGUGCAGCGGCCAUCAAUCGCCAGGAUUAUGGCAGCAUCCCGACGACGAGUCCUGGCGAUUCAACGACGUAGAGCACUGGGUUGAGCUGGCCAAAACGCUCGAGGCGGCCAAGUUCCACGGCAUCUUCAUCGCUGAUGUGCUGGGCGGCUACGACGUCUACAAAGGCCCGCGCAACCUCGAACCGGCCAUCGUCUCCGGCGCGCAAUGGCCCGUCAACGAGCCCUUGGCCGUCGUCCCGGCCAUGGCGGCGGCGACGGAGAAUAUCGGCUUUGGCGUGACGGUUGCGACGACGUACGAGCAGCCGUAUCACCUUGCCAGGAGGCUGUCGACUGUCGAUCAUCUGACCAAGGGACGGCUAGGAUGGAAUAUUGUCACCGGAUACCUCGACUCUGCAGCUCGAAACCUGGGACACGGCCAGCAGCCGCAGCACGACGACCGCUACGCCAUCGCAGAAGAAUACGUCAAAGUCACAUACAAACUCUGGGAGUCAUCCUGGCGCGACGACGCCGUCGUGCUGGACCGCGAGCGCGGCGUCUACACCGAACCCUCACGAGUGCGCGAGAUCAACCACGUCGGGAAAUACUACACCGUGCCAGGCCCGCACAUCUGCCAGCCCAGUCCGCAGCGCACGCCGCUGAUCCUGCAGGCCGGCACGUCCAAGGCCGGCAAGGCCUUCGCCGCGCAGCACGCAGAGGCCAUCUUCGUGGCUGGCCACAGCCCGGCCACCGUCGCCGGCAACAUCGCUGAGAUCCGCGAGUUGGCCAAGUCCAAGUUUGGCCGCGACCCCCGCAGCCUCAAGUUCCUGGCUCUGUUCUGCCCUGUCCUGGGCCGCACGGAGGAGGAGGCGCUCGAGAAGUUCGCGCAGUACAGGAAGGCUGGCUCCAUUGACGGGGCGCUGGCGCUGUUUGGCGGCUGGACGGGCAUCGAUCUGAGCAAGUACGGCGAUGACGAGGAGCUGCGCCAUGUGGAGAGUAAUGCGAUCAGAUCCGCCGUCGAAGGCUGGUCCAGGGCCUCCCCCGGCGUGGCCAAAUGGACCAAGACGACGGUCGCCCAGCACAUCACUGUCGGUGGCCUAGGGGCAACGGCCGUCGGGACGCCGGAGCAGAUCGCAGACGAGCUGGAGCGAUGGGUUGCAGAAGCCGAUGUGGACGGCUUCAACUUUGCCUACGCCAUCAAACCCGGCUCCUUCCACGACAUCAUCGAGCUCCUGCUGCCGGAGCUGCGCAAGCGCGGCCUCUUCUGGGACGACUACGCCGUCAAGAAGGGCACGUACCGCGAGAACUUCUACGGGAAGAAGGGUCAGACUGGCCCGCCGGAGGAUCAUCCGGCUGCCAAGUACCGCUGGAAGGCGGGGGUGGAUGCAAAGGAUCAUAAGAUUCCUGAAUAA